AUGUCCAUUACUAAUUCUGGUGUAUAUGAAUAUCCAUUAAAAUGUCGGGUCAGGGCUGCCAACCGUACCCAUUUUGGGGUACAAUACCCCAUUUCGACAUUUUGUAUCCCACAAUGGAGGUGUUUGUAUUGUAACCGAGCUAGACUGGAUAUUUUGGUGUCAAAUGAAAGCUCUCACCGCCAAACUAACAUGAUUAAAAUAUUAGCGGCUGUUGGCUUGUCUAGAGGAAGAUAUUCAAUUUUUACUGCAUUUGCAAUAUAUGUAGGAUGUCCACAAUUGAAAAUUUCAGUAGAAU